AUGUUCAAUGCAUCGAGCUUCUGUCGUCCUUCUCAUUGUCUACUGUGUGUUUACUAUCUAGCAACUUCAACCGACGUUGAACGUCUAUUCAGCCGUGGCCGCUUAAUACUCUCCCACACCCGAAGUCGUCUUUCAAUGGAAUCCACUUGUGCCCUUCUGUGCUUGGGCUCAUGGAGCCUUGCUGGGCUGGUCAAAGACUCAGAUGUGGAGGCUGUUGCAGUUCUGGAUGAUGUGACGGCUAAAAUCGAGCUUGAAAAACUUGGUGAUAUUCUUAGUAGGACACGUCGAGGCAAGCUUUGA